GUUUUUCAUUUUAUUAUUCUUCGAACUAUUUCUUUCACUAGUUCGUCAUGUAAACAGCUAAAUGAACGCGGUUUUCCAUUAAUUAUUCAGCAUUGGAAGACUAUCCGGGGCAUCCUCGCCGUCUUCCAUCAACGUUCCCAAUUUGUUGAACAUCCCUUAAACAACGUUAUACACAAAUUUUACGGUGAUUCCACCGAAUGAAAACGCGACAAGAUCAUUUCCUGAAUCAGCCUUAUCAAGAAUCGCUACGAAAAUGCUAGAACAGCAAAAAAACCGGAAACGCACCAGUGCGUAGAUUAUUCUUGAAUACGUAAUCUGUGAUUGUGGCGGUGGUAUCGUAUUUGCAGAGGACGGCGAGGAGUCGUCGUUACGCUGACGAUGAAAAUUCCUGGCGACAGGAAUUGACAAUGUAACCGCCAUCAUUUCGCGGGGCUGUCACGGCGACGAUCGAUUCGCCCGAGGCGACGGGCGGCAUCGACGGAAAUUUUGCAACGCGAUCAAUUAAUCAUAGAUCUUGAUGCGUCGAGCGUCCGUCGGCGGAUCCUGAGGUUGUCGCUCGCGGGCACUCGGCUUCGCCUCGCUAAUUAGAACAUCGUGAUCACGGCGUGGCCAGUUGCAGUCUCCGAGUGGGUGCGUUUCGGCGUUGCAUAGUGUGCACGGUGCACGCGAUGGGUCCCAUGCACUUGCACACAUGAGGUGCAGCCGCGAGUCGUGUGGUGGCCGCCUCAGCUGCAAUACGCCUCCCUGCGUCACUGGAUCAUCAUGAUCGGCGUACAAUGCUCGCACAUUUCCCCGCGUCGCUUUAAAAUGCCACGAAAAACGUGAGAGAGAUAUAUAUCCGCAGCCACACGGAAAUCUUCCACACAGGACCUCCAAAUGCGACGAACUGCUCGAUCCUGAGGACCAAGGAUGUCAAAACUGCUCAGCUUCUAUGGUCUGGUAGGCCUGGCGUCCCUUUGCAUCUUCUUCUUAGCAUUUAACCAACGCUACAGCAGCUACCUCAGCCAUCGACUGCAGCCGGUAAUAUCGGAUGUUGAAAUAAGGCCCCGCCUCGUCAAAAUUCAAGAACCAGUAACGACAUAUCUUAGGGGUUCCAUGGAAAAUGUCACGCUUUCUGGGAUACAGGAAGUCGUGGACCAACAACGGAAAGCGAUCCAAAGAGAAAUGGAGGACUAUAAGUACCCUAAUGGAAAAUACAGUGUUAACGCUAGCAAAUUGGAGGAUCUAGUAAUGGAGAAGGGUGGAAGACCAAUGAGGAGCGUGAUUCUAACAAGCUGGAGAAGUGGAAGCACAUUUCUUGGCGACGUGGUGAACGCACAUCCAGCUAACUUUUACCAUUAUGAACCGUUACUCGACUUUGGAAUCGUGCAAAUUCGAGGACCUCCGCUUGCAGACGAGGCUCUCCGGAAUCUCGAAUCUUUGCUCAGAUGUGAUUUCCAUAAUCUUGAUCGGUAUCUGGACUAUGGUAAAACGCAUCCUUGGGUCUUCAAUCAUAACACACAUUUGUGGAGGCAGUGUCAGGCACACAAGAAGAUUUGCUGGGAUCCACGUUUCGUUUCCAAGUUUUGUAAACUAUUCCCCUUUCAGUCAAUGAAAAUUGUUCGUCUGAGGUUGCGUGCGGCGGAAAAGCUUUUAGAACAAGAAGAUUUAGGAAUACGAUUAGUUUUGUUGGUUCGCGAUCCAAGGGGCAUCUUGCAAUCGCGAAAGCACCGGGAAUGGUGUCCGACGAAACCAGAUUGCUCGGAUCCGGCAUUAGUAUGCGCCGACAUGGUGUCUGAUUUCAGCGUGGCAGCACGAUUAAUUAAAAAAUAUCCACGUACUUUCAGGGUAGUACGUUAUGAAGACUUAUCCGUGGACCCCUACAGACACGUGAAAGAGCUAUACAAUUUUUAUGGUUUGGACUUUCAUAUAAAUGUAAAAAGAUUUUUGGAUACUCAUACAAAGAACGACGUCGGCGGUGUAUCGAGCACGUUCCGCAAUUCUAAGGUCGCGCCGUUCCAUUGGCGGAGUGAUUUAGACUUCGAGGAGGUGGACGAAAUUCAAAGAGUAUGUGCAGAAGCCAUGCAGUUAUGGGGCUAUGUAAUUGCCUCGAACUCCACUCAUCAAAAGGAGUUCGACCCUCUCACCGAUUACCGUUUGCAAUUGUGACAUCGAUCGGUUUGGUAGCUGCAAAUAUCACAGGCGGAGAACAGUAUUUUAUCUGCUCUAUCGUAUAAGAUACCGAGAAUUAUCACAAGUGCCGUAAUUCACAUUGAAAUGGGAAAGGUACUGACUCCUUCUGUACUUUGAUUAGGGCUCUUACUAUGAUGACUUUGAAUCACUUGGGAUGUUCGGAUAGUAAGAGCUCUAAACUUAAGUAGAUAAAUAUCUCUCUUUGUUGAUCUUUUGUCGAGAUUGGCGAGGUAGCGAAUAAUCGAGCUCGUAAGACCAAUGGUGAAUCUGUUCCUUGAAAGAAUCUAAGAGGACGCGCAAGUGCUCUUCAAGCUUGUUGCACAACUAUGAAAUUUGAUCAGAUCUAGAAUUUUUUUAGACCAGAGUGUUAGGCGCCGAAGACCGAACACGAAAGUUCCUAAGACCCUGGGGCGUGCAACAAGAAAAAUAUCCAUAUCAGCGCAAGCAUCAUGUGAACCAUUAAUCGUGCGACACUUUCCUAGAUUUCAAAGUUUAACGAUAAUUCUCGAAAUGCAUAGUAAUGGUGAUGGGUUUCGAACCUUAUUUUUCACCGUGAUCUUAUUGACAAGACAGUGUCACAUGUAGAAUUAUCUCACGAACGGUUUUCCUGGUUUUCUAUCGAAAUUUCUAAUCAGGGAAACGACGCAUGUGCACUUUCUCCAAAAACCUACAUCCACGCCAUGAAUAUAGAAAAAAAAAGGAAAUCGGCCACUCAUUUUUUGGGUGAAAAUAGUUUCCACUUAACCGGCCUUUAUGCCAAAAACUAGGAAAUUAAAGGAAUCUCUUUUUUUUUUUUUAAAUGUAUAUAACAGAGACCGAUGUGAUCUCGUUCGGUGAUGUACAUGGAAAGAACGUAAAUGUAGCCUAAACCACCAUGACAGCUAUAACAUGACAAGUCUUUGAAGAGCAAUUUACGAGUACACAUCAUUAUUUUAAUUAUUUUUGUUGAACAUAGACGAUAUUCGCUGAACGUACUGUAAAGUUAAUCGUAUGAAUUUUUAAUAAAUUUUAUAUAUUGCAUUUGUAGUAUAUUUCAAGUUUUAAAACUAUAUUUACUUUGCAUAGUUAUUAAUUAAUUAAUAACUCACUUCCGAGAUAUACCCUACGAAAGCAAAGUGUAUUAUAUUAAGUAUUAAUGCUCAAUUUGGGUGGAAAUGUAGUUCUUUACAACAGUUAUAGGCACUUAGAAUUUGUACUUCAAAUCGAAGCUUCGAAAUACGCAAUCUAAAAUUUCGAAUCACCUGUUUCCAUUGAUAAAUUAAUUCUAUUGAAAUAUUUUUAUCAUAAGUUCUUUUCAAGGUAGCAAUGAAUUUGUAAUGAUUGAGUUUUAUUCAGAUUGUAUAUUGGUAUCGACAUAUACAGCUACCAGUGCCAUUUUGUGCAUUAUUACUUUUCGAAUGAACACGACAGUCUAGUCUAGUAGUGUUUAUUACAUUUUAUAGUACCAUUUGAAUGUAUCAUACAUCUUUUAUGAAAUAAAUUUUAAUUUUUCCUAAAUAGUCGCUCAUUCCAUCUUUUUCACGUUCAUCUGAAACAGAAAUUUCAUACAAAACUUACAACACUAUAUGGACACACUUUAUUGUUAUAAACAACAUAACGUUUUUAUUUCAGAUACAACACUGAUAAUCACUGAAAUUUCAUAGCGUAUAUUGUAAAACAUCAUUAAAGAUAAUUAACUAUUUCCGUCCUGUAAAAUUUACAAAAAAAUACUCUACCUAAAUUAGUCCGAGUAUUUUCUUUUGUACCGCUGUGUAAUUUAGUUUGCAAUACAUAUCUGUAAAAAUUGAAAAAUAAAAUAUGUUAAACCAAAA